AUGCGUCUCAAGGAAGUCAGCCGCCUGGAGCUCCCUCCAACAGCGGAUAUGCAUGUCCAUCUGCGUGAUGGGCCAAUGAUGGAACUGAUCACGCCUCAAAUCCGAAAGGGAGGUGUUGAUACCGUAUUCGUUAUGCCAAACCUGGUCCCUCCAAUUACCACAGUCAAGCAUGCUUUGGAGUACCAGAAUCGUUUACAGGCCAUUGAGCCGAAUCCUUACCCCUCAAUCACUCCUGAGGUCAUUGUGGAAGCCGCUUCCGCCGGUAUUGCUGGUGUGAAGGUGUAUCCUCAAGGUGUCACGACAAACUCCGCUUCUGGAGUAGCAAACUUAGAUGACUUUUUCCCUGUGUUCGAAGCCAUGGAGAAACAUGACCUCGUACUCAAUAUCCACGGAGAGGUCCCCGAUGUCAAUGUGAUGAACGCUGAAGAAGCAUUCUUGCCCACGUUGAAGAGAAUACACGAGCACUUCCCGAACCUGAGAAUUAUUUUGGAACAUUGCUCUACAGCUGCGGCCGUAGAGGCUGUUCGCUCCUGCGGACCGUCAGUUGCGGCAACCAUCACUGCUCAUCAUCUUUAUCUGACAAUCGAUGACACCGUCAAUCCACUUGCUUUCUGCAAGCCUAUUGCAAAAACCCCCGAAGACCGAAACGCUUUGCUGAAAGCCACAUGCAGCGGUGAUCCAAAAUUCUUCUUCGGGAGUGACAGCGCUCCACAUCCAACCAGUUCCAAGCAGGGAGCGACACCAGCGGCUGGUGUUUACACCCAAUCCUUCGCAACUCAGUAUGUCCUCAAGGCCCUGGAAGAUGCGAUCGAGACAGGUAUCAUCAGUGAAAGCGAUGUCACUCAAGAGCGGCUUGAAAAUUUCCUGAGUCGAUAUGGGAGGAAGUUUUACAAGCUACCCGAAGCUGAUAAGAGUGCCUCAAGGAUUGUACUUGAAAGGAAAGGCGAGACCAUCCCUAAAACAAUUAGAAAUGCCGAUGGGAGCGUAGAAGUUGCGCUUUCCCGGGGUGGAGAAAGGGUAUUCAGUUUGCAAUGGGCCAGCCAGUAA